UAAGCUACGUUUGCUAUUUAACGCAACAGUUUUGUUUUGACAAAACUAACCGUGGAGUUGAAAAUGCGAUGGAAACACAUUUAGAUUUUUAUUCGGUACAUAGAACUUAACCGAAAAAGUACAUUUUUUUGUGCACUAUAUCAUCAACCAAACGUAUUUGUUCCCGAUAUAAACCAGCGCAUGUAUGUUCUUUAUUUGUUUAACCUGUGCCUAGUUAAAGGGUUAAAUAAAACAUAAUAAAUGCACUGAUGUUUAUCGGCAACAAAUCCGUUUGGUGGAAACACCACUAGUGGGAAAUGCGCAUAAUUUAUUUAUGUGGAUGUUAGAAUAGUCGCAAGAAAAUCUGUCGCCAAUUAAAUGGAAACCUACCUACUGGAGACAUUUUCAAAAUGGUCAUAGACAAACUACUCUUUCUUCAUUAGAUCAACACCGCCACACUUAUUUUUAUGAAGAAACAAAAUGUCUAGACUGCAAGUUCAUAUCCAAACCUGUAGGUGGCAGAGUGAUGUAUUCUUUAGCGGAAAUGCCAAGGAAAUGAAAGAAACACGUGACGCCAGGCUACUGAAAUUUGUAAACAAACACAUGGGACAUCUUUAGUACAAGUACUGCAAAUUACAUUUGAUACAUGAGCAACCAUGAAGAGGGUAUUUGUAACUGUAGGAACAACAAGCUUUGAUGACCUAAUCGAACGUGUUACUUCCCCUGAAGCUGUUCAAGAGUUGAAAGCCCGCGGCUAUCAACAUUUGGUCCUGCAGGUUGGACAAGGCUCCAUUCUCCCAGAUUCAGACAGCUGUCACGAGCUCACGUUGGAGGCUUUCAGAUUCAAGGAUUCCAUUGCUGAAAAUAUCAAAUGUGCCGACCUGGUUAUCAGUCAUGCUGGGGCAGGUAGUUGCCUGGAGACCCUUGGUGCAGACAAGCCACUGCUAGUGGUGGUCAAUGACAAACUAAUGGACAAUCACCAGCUAGAGCUGGCCAGACAGCUACACCAAGACUCACACCUACUGUACUGCACCCCCAGCACUCUUACUGAGACCCUGAAGACAAUGGACCUUGCUGUUCUCUCAUCCUUCUUACCUGGACAACCAAAGCAUUUUGCCAAUUUCCUGGACAGGGCCCUUGGUGUUCAAUGAUUCCAACGGAGGGCAGUCUCUGAGGUCAACUCAGUGUUCUGUUAUGGACUCUGGAGAUGUUUUGCGCUCUUCUUCUUCUUCAUGUGGCUUUCCAGCAGACUAGACGCUGUGUUGCAUACUGUCUUUCACAGGUCAGAGUGGGGAUUGCAAAUUUUGGUCACAAAAACAAAAAAGUUGAAUGAGAUAAUCUUAAAUUGCACCACCAUCUAACCCAGCACCUAUACACUAUCACCAAAAACCAACCACCCCAUCCCACUAAGUUGGCCCUAAACAAUCCUACACCAUGCUGUCGGUCUGGGAGGAUUGAACCCCUUCUCUCAAAACUUCCUGUAGCUCUUCUGCACUCAAAUAUAUCUUCUGUGAUUUCUGCUCCAUCAGCGCAGUACAGUUGAUCGCCAUGGCUAUGAUGUUUGCUCUCUGAAACUCCUCAUCUUUGCGAUGAACUGGAAGUGCGGUUGGCCAGAGGGUAGCCUGGGCCUCGCGUCCCUGGCUUAUAGUUUUUCCUAUCAGUAUGCAGAGCUAAUACCAAUUCAGGCAAUUGCCUGGGGCCUUACAUCAUCAUAAUUUUGUUUAAUAAUGCGCUAUUAAGCAAUUGUGACCAUCUCUGUUUAUGACAAACACUGUGGAUUCUGUUUUCUUCCUGCAAAUUUGGCUCCAGCUUUUGAGCAGUGGGCUCCCUAGUGGCGCAGCGGUCUAAGGCGCUGAAUAAAUGCGACAUGCAACAAUU